AUGUGCCGCUUCCUGAUUUUGAUAGUUCUUAUCCUUGGAUAUGGAAGAAUCUGCAGUAGCUGGACACCACAAGAGGUGGUUCAACGCCUCAAUAGAGAUAUGGAACUAGAGCUUAAUAUUUAUAUGGAUUGCGAAGAUGUGAAUAUAUCGGUAGAUCAGGGAGAAGUUCCAAAUUUGCAACUUAAUUCUGUGUAUGAACAACCGAAAUUAAUGGGAAGAUUCAGCGAGAGAGCUUUGUUAAUUGCCUGCUUAAAGGAAGCCAAAGGAAAUCGAACCCUAAAAAGAUUAAAGGAACUUCUUUGGGGACUUCAACAUUUGCCUAUAUUUUAUAUCCUGAAUUCUGAAAUGGAUUUCUAUUUCGAGCAAGCCUUACAGAAGGGAUUUCUUCAUACGCUGGCCUUGAAUACAAUGAAUGGAUCGCUUUACACCUAUACACCUUAUCCCACAAUACAAAUACAUCAAUUGAAAGAAAUAGAAAAUUUCUAUAAAAUAACUACACUAAAAAAUCUACAUGGAAUCGAUGUGAAUAUAACUGGAGAGACAAUGACACCGCGUUGUUUCCACUAUAAUAAUCGUCAAGGGAAAAAGGUUUACGCGGGUUAUAUGUACAAGCUAGUAAAGGGAUUUAUAAAUGCCUACAAUGGCACUGAGAGAAUGGCCUAUGCCAAUGAGGAGAUCAUACCCUAUGACGAACUAAAAAGUGAAUUAUUAAAUGGUCACAUCGAUAUGAUGCCUCGGAUUAUACACAUUUUGAAUUGGCAAUAUUUCUACCGCAGUUCUAUUUUAUAUAAUAUAAAAACCUUUAUAAUUGUUCCCUGGGCUGAGCCUUUGCCAAAGAGUUUGUACUUCCUGAAACCCUUUGUUUGGACAGCCUGGAUGACUAUAAUGGCCAGCUUGAUGUACUCCUCGAUAAUGAUCUGGAGGCUAAAACAUCGACAAAAGGAUGCUUCUACUUUAUCAUCAACUUUUUUGGAUGUUUUGCAAUGGCUUUUCCUACUUCCGAUUAGCCAUAAUUGGCACUACAAACUGGGACUGCAUCGUGUGAUCGCUUUUCUGGUUCUCUUCACAGUGGGAUUUAUUUUAACUAAUUUGUAUUUGGCUCAGUUAUCAAGUUUCCUGACCACUGGUUUGUUUAAAAAACAACUCAAUACCUUUGAGGAUCUAUUUCGUGAGAACCGUACACUGAUACUCGAAAGUUUUGACAUGGAAGUGUUGCAUAAUAUGACCAGGGAUAAGUUAAUACAACCAGAAUUUGAAAAUAUCGUUGUAAGCACCUCAAUAGCUGAGGUCUUUUCUCAUCGCAAGAGCCUGAAUACAACAUAUGUCUAUACGGCCUAUGAAGAUCGCAUUGAGUUUGAAUUGUACCAGCAGGUGUAUUUACGAGUGCCGAUUUUUAAGAGACUUAAUGAUAUCUACGACCAGAGACCGGUGUUUGUCGCUUUGCGGCAUGGUUUGCCAUAUGCGGAAUUAUUUAAUAAUUAUCUUCACAGGAUAUGGGAGUCGGGCAUUUUGGCGAAAUUCCAGAGCGACACCUUAAACGAGGGCAUCUCCAGUGGUGAAAUCAGCUUCCGGCACUCCACUUCUCGUGAGAUCCAUGUCUUUGACAUGGAAUUUUAUUAUUUUGCCUAUAUUUUGUUGGGCUUCGGUUGGUCUAUCAGCAUUAUAGUGUUUUUGGUAGAGAGAAAGGGAUUUAUUAUUGGGAAUAAGUGUCUUCAAUGGGUUUUUAAAGACAAAUAA